AUGCGCUCAGAGGCAGAGGAGAGAAAAUGUCAGCUCAGAGGCAAAGAAACAGCAGAGGAAGAGAAAAAGGAGGUUUUCUCAGAGGAGGAGGAAAACUUUGAGGAAGCACUGAGGGAGGCUGCCUCCACCGCUGCAGCCAGGAGAAGAUCUGGACUGCCCAAUCCACAAAUCAUCCGCAACAUCCCGGAGGUGGUGGAUGACUUCCUGAGGAACUUCCUCCGAAGAGCUGGCCUGAGUCGGACUCUGAACAGCUUUGAGGCCGAGUGGUACAGCUCAGCACAGAAACACCUGACAGAAACCCUGAUGCCAGAGACGCCGACGCAGGUGUCUUCUUUCAUCCCUGACGCUCUCACACACUCGCAGCUCCUCCAGAGCGAACUGGAGAGGGUCCGCGGAGAGACGGAGCGGCUCAGGCAGGAGCUGCUGGCGGCGGGGGAGAGCCUGGUCAGGACGCAGAGGGAGAGAGGUUUCCACCGGCUGCAGUACCGACAAGUUGCCGAGGAUAAAAACAGGCUGAUCGAGGACCUCAAUCAGCUGAAGAGACACCUGGAGUCCUAUGAACCAGCGCUGAGACAGCUGGACGACAAAUAUCAAGCAGCUCUGAGGCAGAGAAUGCUCAUCACUUUAGAAAAGGACAGAGUUCAAAACACCUCAGACGCAAGACUGAAUCGAGAAAAAGUCGAGAAAGGCAGAGGCAUCAAAAGGAGCGACAGCGCCGAUAAAUCAUCAGCAAAAAGUCCCAUAACCAGACAGUCCAGGGACUCUCAGUUCCCCAUCUACAGCAGGCAGCUGAGCCCUCACCUGGCUCAGGCCAAAUCUCAAAAAUGGAAAAACCCCGGCUCCUUCAGCCUGUCCUGCUCCAUCAGAGCACAUAAGAUGCCCAUCAGCUGCAUCAGUCUCCAUCCGCGGAAACUGAUCCUUGCCUCCGCCAGUGACGACCGCAGCUGGAGGCUGUGGGCGCUGCCAGCCAACGGAGAAAAGGUUGGUCAGAUGAUGCUGACAGGGGAGGGUCACUCUGAUUGGUUGUCUGGCUGCAGUUUUCACCCUGAUGGAUCAAAACUGGCAACUACCAGUGGAGACACGACAGUGCGGCUCUGGGAUUUCUCUCGUGGCUGCUGUGUGUUGACACUGUCCGGUCACUGCCAGGUCACCUGGGGGUGCUCCUUCCACUCCUGCGGCCACUUCCUUGCUUCCUGUUCUGCCGACAAAACAGUCAAGCUGUGGGACCUGAAAAGCCAGCUUUGUCUCCUCACGCUGCGUCGCCACACCACCUCCGUCAACAGCGUUUGCUUCCUGCCCUUCUCCAACCUCCUUCUCUCCUGCUCAGCUGACAAAACCCUUGCACUGUGGGACGCCAGGCUGGGCGUCUGCACCACCACCAUCCAUGGACACUUGCACCCUUGCAACCACGCCUCCUUCAGCCCGGCUGGUAAUGUCGUGGCCUCCUGUGACUCCUCUGGUGUCGUCAACCUGUGGGACAUAAGGAAGCCUGCGUCUGCAAUGGCCACUGUGGAUGCUGGGUCGCUGGGUGCCAACCAGGUGGUGUUCAGCCCAUUUGGGAAGAUGCUGGCGGUUGCUUGCAGCGACAGGUUGGUCAAACUGGUGAAGGUGGAUUCCCGUGCAGUGAGCACCCUGUCAGGACACAGCGAUGGCGUGCAGAGUGUGACAUUUGACCACACGGGGGAGUCUGUGAUGUCAGCGGGGAGUGACGGGCUGAUAAACAUGUGGUCAGAACAUGAAGUGAAUGAAGAAACGAAAAAGUGAAGUGAAACCAGCUGAUGACAUCUCACAUCAGACCGUCCUGCUGUCACAUGGCAUGGUCCUGCUCAGCCUGUAGAAACAGUUGUGUCUUCUGGGGCUCUGGAGGACCUUUAUCAAGACCUGGAAAAUUACCCUGGAGAUAUCUUGCACCUGUUUCAGCUAAAGAAAAGCACUUUUUAAAAAUUCCAACUCUGUUAAUAUGCAAGACAUCCUCAAUAAAAUUGAAUAUGAGCUGACACCAUGAGGGUAGUGAAGUAAGAUGUUUUAAUGUGAGCUGAGCUCAGAGCAGCUGAAGACAAGCUGAUAAAUCUGUUACAACAUACAUGUUUCUUGGUGCUGUUGUUAUCUGUCUGAAUAUAAGAAACACUGACAGUCGUUGGUUUAGAAGCAAAAAGCAAAUAAAAAUACUUCUGGGUCAAUAA